GUAUGCAGUACCAAAGCAGUAACAAACAAAGCAGUAACAAACGAUCUUCUCUACUUUCUUUGUCACUCCCAGAAGUCUCAAUAACAAACAAAACAUAUAAAAAUAAAAGAAUUGGAGAGAAGAAGCUCUGUGGAGACACAAAGAAACAGUUGUCAGACCAGGCUUCCACAAAACAAGAGAAUUAUACAAAUUAAAAAUAUUUUAGGAACAACCUCUGAAGGAAUCUGGAAAAAGGGGUCCAGAUCAAAUUCUUAUUUGUUGAGUUGGAAGACCUGUCUGACUCUCAUGGUAAUGGAACCUUCACCUCUUGAUUUUUUUUUUUUAUUUUUUAGUUUUUUCACACCGUCUAAUGAUUGUCUCGUGCCAGUGUUAAUACGGAAAAUUAUUUUAAAUUGGCAUGAAUUUUGUCCUUUUACCAAUAUUGAUAAUUUUUUUCUUGGGGGAAGAAAGUUUGGAAGUUCUGAGGAUAUGGGCUGGUUGUUUGACUUUGAUGUAUGAAGAAGGUGGGAUGAACAAGAUCAGAUUUUUAUGGAGUUUCGUGGGCUAUAUUGGGAUGAAGGUUUAUUCACUUUGACAUUUCUUUUGGGGGUACUAUUGAGGAUUUUCUGUCAGAAUAUUUGUUCACAAUAGGAUCUCAAAUACUACUUUCUGUGCCAGAUUUUUUGUUGGUGCCUUCAUAGCUUUUCUUUGUAAAUAUAUAGAAGAGAUUUUUGGAUUGAUGGGUUUCAUAAGAUUUUGAGGCUUAAGAGAUAAAUAAGCCGUGGAUACUUCAUUUCAAAUUGUUGUCUGUUUGGGAUGGUUGACAAUCUUGUGAUUGGUAACGGGUCAUUGAUGAAUUUAACUAAGGAUGUUAGAGUGGAAGAGGACGAGGAAGAGUUUCGAAGCUGCUGUGAGGAUGAAAAUGAAUUAAGGGAGAGGGAAGAGUUGGUUAUGUUGGAUUCUGAGCCCAGAAAUAUCGAUGAGCAUUCAGUGAAAAUGUACUUCAAGGGUGUAUCAGUAGCUGGCCCUGGAGAUUCUGGUUCUGGUUUUUCUGGAAUUGGGGUGGUCAUGAAGAGGUCAGAUAGUGUUCCUCCUAUUCAAGUGCAGAAGAUGCUUGACUUUUAUGUUGAAGAGCCUGUUGCAAAUUAUUUAGCUUUGAUGGAUGGUUUAGCUGAAGCUAGACAGAACAAUAUCAAGAAGGUGUAUGCCUUCACGGAUUCCCAGAUUUUAUAUGGGCAGGUUUUACAAACUGAGGAACUUGAGAAUCCACUCCUUAUGGCACUGAAGCAACGUGUUGCUGAACAUACGAGUGGUUUUGAAGAAUUUACCCUGCAAAUUGUCCAUUCAAAUAGUCUUCAAGCUGCUGUAGGAUUAGCCAGGGUCGCUGUUGGAGUUAUCUCUGAAGGAAAUGAUUCAACACAAUGUUGCUCUAUAUGCUGCGAAGAAAAACUUGCUUCUAUGAUGAUGACGAUAAAGUGUUCUCACACAUUUUGUUCUCAUUGCAUGAAAAAGUAUGUCAAGGGAAAGUUAGAGUCAACUCUAGUUCCAAUUAGAUGCCCUCAACUAAAGUGCAAAUACUACCUCUCAGUUACAGAAUGUAAAGCCUUUCUACCAGUCAUAUCCUAUACAUCAUUGGAGAAAGCCCUUGCAGAUACAAACCUGGUUACUUCAGAGAAUAUAUACUGUCCUUACCCUAAUUGUGCAGUUCUACUUGAUCCUCAUGAAUGUUCAUCAUCCGUGGAAAGUUCAUCAAGUAGCACUGAUAACUGUUGUGUUGAGUGCCCUGUUUGCCAGGGGUUCAUCUGUGUUGAUUGUGGGGCCCCUUGGCAUUCGUCAACCACCUGUGAAGAGAACCAGAGUCUUCAGCUGGAGGAUAGGGAUUUAACUGGUGUCACUCGAAAUGGUUUGGCUCAGAAUAGGAGGCAGAGACAAUGCCAACACUGUGGUAGAAUGAUCAAGCUGUCUCAUGGUAGCUACCAUUUGACAUGCCGGUAAGAUUUCUCAUACUAAUUCACUUUUUAGUGUCUCUUGAAGAGUAUGUCGAAUUGCCCUUCCAAAUGAAUUGUUCUAUCUAUUGAUCUUUCAUGAAUGUUGCAUAUUUGUGGUAGAUUCAAGACAUUUCUGUGGUCUAGUUUGUUUACUAUCUUGGUGUGGCUCUAUAUUAGAAUGUCAUGUUAGCAGUUAAUAUCUGGCCAAGGACAGAGGAUAAGCUGAUGUAGUUCCAGGUGGGGUAGAUUGUUCAUUUUUUUCUGAGGCAUUCAUGUACAGCUGGUCGUCUGAUUUUCCAAUUUGUUCUAAACUGAGAAAAUAUGUACACAGAAAUGGUAGUUUCCGACACAAUGAGAAAGGUGUAUGGUACAGAACAACUGUUUAUAUCUGUUUUAAUGGAGGAAUAAGCCUAUGGUUUUAGAAUGAGAAGUCCAUUACAUUUUUUUGUAUGUACUGCAAAUCUGUGCAUCAUAAUAGAGGAGGUUGCUCUUAUCUUCAUAUCCAAUUUGUUCUCUACGGAUGAUUGGAUGAUACCUUGUAAGUUGUUCUCAGUUAGACAAAGUUAGUUAUUAUUUUCUGAUGUUGAAUGAAAAUGGCCAAUGCAAUAGUCCAAUGCAGUACCAGCUUGCUAAGUUGUGAUCUAAAUCCUCUUCUUAGCCUGUGUAGUGUUCAAGCUGUAUAACUCAAGCCUUAAAUGAGUAAUUUUUCUAAUUAGCUCUUACAUGAAAAUUCUUUUAGAUUGAUCUUAUCCAAACCUCCACAUAGCUGCUCUGAGUAGGCAGAGAUUUCCAUGCGUAGGUAAAGCAGGAAGUAAUAAUGACCAUCUUUGUUAUGUUUAAAGCAUCGAGCUUUUCAAUGAUCCAUUUUCUACUGAUAAUUUCACAUUUCACCAUCAUCAGGUAUGACCUUUUUGUUAGGGCGAGGAUCCUAUUUGGUUGCCUGAUCUAUAAGAUUCUUUUUUGCUCAAUGUUUAUUUUCUCAAUCGAUGAACUUUUGAUUAUUUAUAUUUCUCUUUAAGAAUAAGGAAUAGUUCAUCAUGGCAAUGAUUUGGAGUAAUUCUAUAGUUACAUGGAAAUAUGACUUUGGUUAUGUUAUGCUGUAGUUAACAUGCAUAGAAAUGAGUAACGUCUUUCUUUUUUUGUAUCAUUUCUCAUCUUCUUUUUAUGUAGAAUCAGACUUCCUUCCGGAGACAUCGGUUUUACUCAAUCAAAACCUGCGACAUCAUAUACUGUUCCGUCAAUUACUAAAUGUCCUGCACUAUCAUUAGCACAUAGAUACGAAUCUGAAUCACUGAAAAUGUAUGAAUAGUUCCAGAUAUUUUUCAAUCAUCCACACCACUAUAAACUAAUAGAAUCUGUGCAUUUGAUCAGUUGGAGUCGGUGCCUUAAGUAUUGUAAGUACUUGAAAGGAAAACCAACAGUUUCCUUGUCGACCUUUUGGGAUACACCGUUGCCCUUUACUUGAGCACAUCUACUCAUACCAGUUGUUACUCUUCUAAAGGAUUAAAUUUCCUCUGAUUCAGCCUGUUUAUUGUCAGAGACUGUCCUCCCUCUCGUAUAUGCAUCCUGGUCUGUUCAAUCAAUUGUACGCGGUCUUCACCUAGCCGUGUUGGACAUUCAGCAUAAAGGCAGUCUUUCUUAGUAAUUCUCUUGUAGCUGUUUGGGUUUUUUAUUAAAUGCAGAACUUGACUUCUACUGUUAGCAAAGUCCCCAACUUAAUCUGACCCUUACUUCAUAAAAAUUCUCUUGAUUGUCAUCGCUUCCUUUAUACUUUUUUUUCCCUGACACUUUUUACCUCUAUCAUGUCUUUCGUAUGGAAAAAUUUAAGCUGAAAAAGUACAGAAGUAGUUUUGCUUUCAAUUAAUGUUUGGUUAUCUUAAUUUUAUAGCCGCAUUGUUGCUAACUUUUCUGUUAACAGCUUAGAUUUAACAAAAAUUAAAAGAUUUACCAGAUUCCGAAAUCAAUAGGCUUACUUUGUAGCAGGUUUAAAUUGGUGCUGAUAAUCAUUGCUUACUUUGUCGGCGCAUGUUCUUGAAUAAUUUAUUUGCAUAGAAGAUGGUAUCUUUUACUCUCAUUUGUAAAAAAAUUACUCUUCAAAUUUAGUUGCUGGAACACAUCAACACGGGGGGAUAUAUACUACAUAUUCUUAGUUUGCUUUGAAUGAAGAAUCUUAUAACUUUGCAUUUGGUGGUUUUUCUGUUCUUUGCAUCCUCAAUGGUGGAUGUUUGUUUCAUAUAUAUAGCUUGAGCUAUAAUUAUUUUUAAGCUGCUAAUGAGGAUAUUGUGGAAAUCUCUCUAGAUUUCUGAAGUCUUUGAAUGUUGAAAUCACUGAGGACCCAGUAAUUUAUACUCACCUGUGUCACCUGUGUAAGGCUACUUGUCAAGAUAUCACAAGACCUUUGACCGUGUGAUUUUUCACUUAUUGCAUGAUCUUUUUACUUGUGAAUUUUUUGUGCUUAAGAUGGGAAUCAUAUCAAUUCAAUAUAAAAUUGAUGCACAGUGGUCUGGGAUACACAGGUGUGGGCAUGAGUUCUGUUACUCUUGUAGCAGAGAUUACAUUGAUGGAGAGCAAUCAUGUCAAUGUAGAUAUUGGGGUGAACAUUAUUCUGAAAACUUGUUGAUUCAACCUUCACAAGAAUAUGAACAAUGGGCUUGGGACUCAUUUGAUUCAUUGCCGUUGAUGAUGGAUGCAUAUUCAGACCAAGAGAGAUCACAGCUGGCACUGAUUCAGAGGUUUCUUGCCGGGGGUUUUGGGUUCAGCGAUCCAAAUCUUGACCAAUCCCCAACUCACCAAACUAGAGAUACAUAUGCUGAUACCAUGAAGGAUCUCCACCAGCUACCGUGGCUGGAAAGGUUUGUUUCUGUCAUAAGUGACAACUUUUAUGAAGAAUAUAUCCAGUGAACUAUCAGGCAUUGGAGGUUCAUGCUUGUGCAGCCAGCCAACGGAUGCGAUAGGGCAAAAAGAAGAGUAUCUCACUCUCUCUGACUCCUCUAUAACCACAGGAGCCUGUUUGUAUCCGAGUUUGAGCUGAAACACACAAUCCUCAAUUCUUUUGUAAGAAUCCAUUCAUGUGGAUGAUAAAGUAACUUUCUCCUGGAAAGUUGAAAAAAAGGUGAAAGAUAAAGAGGAUUAACACAAAUAAAUAUUAUCUUGACAGGUGAAAAGAAAUGAAAUACAAGUUUGGAAGCUAGAUAUGAUGCCUCUUGGUUAUGUGCGCAUAGUGUUGUAUUUAUUUUAGAGUUCCUUGUGCCUUAUAUAUCUGUUGCCUGUUGGUACUGGGCAAAAGCAUUUGAUUCAUGUUCCCUUCCGUAAGGAUUGGCAGGAAGGAAGGAGUAACUUGUGUUUCUAAUUUGGCAUAAAUUUCCAUCAUUGUCCAUAAUCACUUCCUCCAAAUUGAGGAAUGAGAGCAAUGGCAUAAAAUCUCAAGGUUGUUAACCCCAUUUUUUUUUUUUUAUUUCCCGGAUUUGCUUGCAAGCUGAACUAGAAAAAUAGUCUCUUCGACAAUGCAGAUUCAUGCAACGACAUAUCAAGUGAUUCUAUUUCUAGCUGAUUCAAAAAUUCUAGACAGAGAUCUUCAAAUCAGGACUACCAAACUCGACAAGUUUGCGUAUUUGGAAACUUUUUUUCAUUAACC